UAUUGGUCUAGAUCUAGGUUUACCUAUAACUCUAAGGUAGAUACACUGGUUAACAAUAUGUCUGAAAGCUUUAAUGCUGCCAUAGUUGAUGCUAGAGAGAAACCUAUACUAACAAUGUUAGAGGAGAUCCGGGUUAAACUGAUGACUAGGUGGGCAGAGAAUAGGGAGUUGGCUCAGAAGUAUGCAGGGACAAUCUUACCUAGGAUUAGAAUCAAAUUGGAGAAGAGGUCUAGAUCUGCUGGUGACUGGCGUCCAUAUUGGUCUGCUGCUCAGACAUAUGAGGUUAUGAAUGGGUUAGAUAAGUUUACUGUUGACUUAAGAUCCUGUGAGUGCUCUUGUAGAAGGUGGCAGUUGAGUGGAAUACCUUGUGUCCAUGCAAUUGGGUGCAUCAAAUUCAAAGGGCUUCCGUUGGAACCUUAUGUGGCUGACUGCUACAAGAGAGAAGCAUACUUGAGGUGCUACGAGGCAGUAAUUCACCCAUUGAAUGGCCCUGACCUAUGGGAGAUUACACCACAUCCUGAUGUAAUGCCUCCCCCAUACAGAAGACCUAGUCACAGGCCAGUCAAAAAAAGGAAGGCAGCUGCUGGAGAUGAAGAAGAAAGCAGCCGCACUCACAUGUCCAGGAAGGGGGAGAAACAGAGGUGCUCUAUAUGUGGUGUUGUUGGGCAUAAUAAAAGCAGAUGCCCUAAACCUAUUGAGAAUGAGGCCCAAAAUUCCAAGAAACAAAGCAAGGGCAACCAAUCCAGGGGAAGCAACAACUCUAUCCCUCCAGCAGCUAAGGGAGGAAAGAAAAGUGCAUCUACACAGCCCACUCCCAAGCUCACUGUGAAGAGAAAAGUUGCUUCAGCAACACAGCCAACAAGCUCAGCCCAGUCCAACACUGUAGCACCACCAAAAAGGCCUAGAGGCAGGCCCAAGGGGACCUUGAAGCCCACACCUUCAGCCCACCCUGAUCCACCAACUUCAUCAUCACAACCAGCCUCCACUGUUCUUCCAGCAUCUCAGCCAUCCUUUGCCACAGCAUCAAGCCAACCCACUAGGCACUACUCUGUUAGCUGUACUGGAGGACCUCAUGUUUCUCCCAGGAAGCUGAAGUUAAUGGCAAAGUUGCCUCCAAGAAAAUGGGGAUUGCUUUAG